AUGGAGUCCCGCCAGAAAGCUACCAAGGGUGCUGAGGUGGCCGAUGGCAACUCGGUUCGUGGGACGCGCUACGAAGAUCAGUUCUUCAAGACCAAGCUCUGUAUGUUCUGGGAGAAGGGCGCGUGCACGCGUGGUUCGAACUGCAAGUACGCACAUGGUGGCAAGGAGCUGAACGAAAUGCCCAACCUCACCAAGACGUCUCUUUGCAAAGAUCUUCUCACAACAGGCACCUGCACAAGGAGUGAUUGUCUCUUUGCGCACAGUGUGGAGGAGCUCAGGGCUACUAACAAAUUCUACAAGACUUCCAUGUGCAGCUUUCACCGGGUUGGUCAGUGCAAACUGGGCACGGCCUGCCGCCAUGCGCACGACCCGUCGGAGCUGACGGAGGUCUCACGAGUGAAGGCCUUGACUCUCGAUGACACGGAGGUGGGCGGACUGGGCCCAUCUGGACGAACAGCUGCACGUCGCGGGCCUCGAAAGAGCCGUGCCGAGAAAAGCGCAAAGAAGAUCCUGGUGAGCACCGCGGAAGAGGAGGACGACGAGUUCCCCGAGACUCCGACAUGGGAGAGGAUGACAACUUCGCCGCCCACCCUGGGGUGGCUUCCAACUGCUGCUUUCCAGCCGGUGUCGCCAGAGGGCUUCAAUGCUCCCAGCGUUUCAUCGAACUCCACGGCCACGGGCGGUGCUGCAACAGCGUCGCAGCACUCCGAUGACCAGGAUGAUGAGCUGGAUGAUGUUUGCGAUAUGUGGGCUCGCAUGAAGACGGUGCCCGCCCCUGCGGUUGCCGCAGGUGCGCCGAUGGUCGCGAUGAGCCGCGGCGCGAUGAUGAUGGGUCAGUCUAUGAUCCGCAAUGAAAUUCAGGCCGUCCCAGUGACAGCUGCUGGACAACUUCAGAUGCCCGCUGACAUGUGGUCGCGGCAGACAAGCGGUGGCGUUAUCAUUCAACAGGUUGACCCGAUGGCGGUCCCGUUCAACCGAGGAGUUUCAGGUGACGUGCAGCAGAUGGUUAUGGUACAGGCUAUGCCACAGGCCAUGCCGCAGGCUAUGCCAUCUAUGCCAGCCGUUCAGGCGAUGCCAGCCGUACAGGCUGUGCCGACUGUCCAGGCUGUGCAAGGUGUGCAGGCCAUGCAAGGCAUGCAGGCCGUGCAAGGCGUGCAGCCUAUGCAAGGCAUGCAGGCCGUCCAAGUCCCUUGCCUCCUGGUGCCAGUUCCCAUGCAGGCACAGCAGGUGCCGCAACAGAUGCCCCAACAGCCUGAGAAAGGAGGGUACGUGGACAUGAACAGCGGUGUUGCUGUUCCAUGUGGCAUGGACCUCAAGAUGGCACCGGAGAUGGAGGCGCGGCUUCUGGAGAGUGCCAUGCCGGAGGUUUACGAGGACUAG